UCCUUUCAAUCAAUUGGCGACGACAGUGGACGGUCUUUUCGAGUCCAUACUUCAAAAUGCCUCCGAAGAAGGAUACCAAGGGAUCGGCGAAACAGCCGCAAAAGACCCAGAAGAAGAAGGAAGGAGGAUCCGGAGGCAAGGCCAAGAAGAAGAAGUGGUCGAAAGGAAAGGUUCGCGACAAGCUCAACAACCAGGUCCUGUUCGAUAAGGCCACGUACGAAAAACUGUACAAGGAGGUUCCCGCCUACAAGCUGAUCACCCCGUCGGUCGUGUCGGAAAGGCUGAAGAUCCGUGGUUCGCUGGCCAAGCGAGGACUGCGUGAGCUGUGCGUUAAGGGGCUCAUCAAGCAGGUCGUCCAGCAUCACGCCCAGGUCAUCUACACCCGCACCACCAAGGGUGACGAUCCGGUGGCGUAAAACGAUUCCGUUGUUUUGUUCUGUGCAUACUGAGUGGUGAAGCAGCGAGCGAGGUGCACAAUUGUGCCGGUGUAACCCGAAAUUGUCCCUCGGAAGUGAAUCCAUGAAAUCAUAAGAAGCUUCGGAAUGGAAAAAAAUAUACUUAUGAUUUACUAAGUA